CCUGCAAGCUGCAACGCCGCACCUCUCAAUACCACCACCUCCUGCACCUACCACCUACCACCACUAGACUCCCUACACCUCUACUUACAACUCCAACUCUCUGGAAUCGAACAACAUCACCUCCAAUCACAUCUCAUCCUCCCGUCUUUCGUAUGCAGCGUGAAGCAGCGGAUCGUUGGGCCCGUAAAAGAUACUUCGGCUAGCUCUUGCUGCCGUUAGUUUACAUCAAUUGAUUUUUUUCUUCGAUUAGGCAAGUCUGACUUUCUCCCGACCAUCUUGCAGCCAGCACAGCAUACCGAGCCUGGAGAAGCGGUGAAUCAGACUGCGAGCUGGAUCCGAGAUUGAUAUUUGUAUCUCCGAUCUUGGACAACGAAUCCAUCCUAUGCGUUGUGGCAAGGCGGAAUACAUAAACAAAGCUUGCUAACAAAUGUCACCUUUCAUCAGAUUCGCCUUUCCACCUUCUCCCGCGUCCUAGGCAGAUUCCCCAUCAACCACCACCAUGCACGUCUCUGCGAUGCUGGCUGAGGCCAAGAACUCUGGCCAGCCCAAAUACUCCUUCGAAUUCUUCCCUCCGAAAACCGCUCAAGGUGUCCAGAAUCUCUAUGAUCGCAUGGACCGUAUGCAUGGGCUCGGUCCCAGCUUCAUCGACAUUACUUGGGGGGCAGGAGGACGUCUGGCCGAACUCACCGUUGAGAUGGUCAGCGUGGCUCAAGCACAAUAUGGUUUGGAGACUUGUAUGCACUUGACAUGCACCGACAUGGGACAGGACAAAGUCGAUGAGGCGCUCAAAAGUGCUUACAAGGCAGGCUGUACCAAUAUCCUCGCCCUCCGCGGUGAUCCACCCCGAGAAAAGGAGAAGUGGGAGGCAGCCGAAGGAGGAUUUCGAUACGCAAAGGAUUUGGUCCAACACAUUCGACAAAGAUAUGGAAACCAUUUUGACAUCGGCGUUGCUGGGUACCCGGAGGGUUGCGAUGACCAGGAUGACCCUGAGCUUCUUUUGGAUCAUUUGAAGGAAAAGGUUGACGCUGGGGCUACUUUUAUCGUGACACAAAUGUUCUACGAUGUCGAUAAUUUCCUUGCCUGGGUUGGAAAAGUUCGUGCCAGAGGUGUCAGCAUCCCAAUUAUUCCCGGGAUUAUGCCAAUCAACACAUACGCCAGCUUCGUGCGCAGAUGUAAUCACAUGAACGCCGCCAUUCCACCUAAAUGGAGUCAGGUACUGGAAGCUGUUAAGAAUGACGAUUCAGCAGUUCGAAGCAUUGGAACUGGGUUGGUAGCCGAAAUGUGCCGCAAAAUUCUCGACUCAGGCCUAAUUCACCACCUCCAUUUUUACACAAUGAACCUACAGCAGGCUACUCGCAUGGUCUUGGAUGAAUUGAAACUGACGCCCUCCCACGAGCGACCUCUCACGCCAGCUCUUCCUUGGAGACAAUCUUUGGGUCUUGGACGCAGAGAGGAGGAUGUUCGACCCAUCUUUUGGAAGAACCGAAACAAGUCAUACGUUGCUCGAACUCAAGAUUGGGAUGAGUUUCCUAACGGUAGAUGGGGUGAUUCAAGAUCUCCUGCUUUCGGUGAGUUGGAUGCCUACGGUAUCGGUUUGAAGGGCACCAAUGAACAAAACCGAAAGCUCUGGGGUGACCCAGCUUCGGUGUCAGACAUUGCCAAUCUCUUUAUGAGAUACCUCGAUCAGGGCAUUGAAAGUCUACCUUGGAGUGAAGCGCCUAUCUCUAGUGAAGCAGAUGCCAUCAAGACCGAUUUGAUUGCUCUGAACAAACGCGGUCUUUUGACUAUCAAUUCUCAGCCAGCUGUCUGCGGUGUCAAAUCGUCUCAUCCAAUUUACGGUUGGGGGCCAACAAAUGGUUAUGUCUACCAAAAGGCUUACCUAGAACUUUUGGUUGCCCCUACAUUGAUCGAUGAGCUUCUGCGAAGAGUUGAAUUGGAUCCCGAUUUGACAUAUUACGCAGUCACCAAGGCCGGUAACUUGAAAACCAAUUCGCCUGGUGAAGGUCCUAAUGCAGUCACUUGGGGUGUAUUCCCAGGGAAGGAGAUUGUUCAGCCUACCAUUGUGGAAACCAUCAGUUUCUUGGCCUGGAAGGACGAGGCUUUCCGUUUGGGAAUGGAUUGGGCUCAUUGCUACUCUGCCUUGAGUCCUAGUCGACAACUGAUUGAGAAUAUGAUGGAGACAUGGUAUUUGGUCAACAUUGGUAUGCUUCGUUCUUUUCCUUAUAUGAUUUAUCUAACCUUGCUUUAGUCCACAAUGAUUUCCAUCAAACUCAUGGUCUAUUCCCCCUCUUUGAUGGUCUCGCAGUUGAAAAUCUCGAGAAGCCAUUUGAGGUACACACCAACGGGGUCGAAACCAAUGGUGUGAAAACCAAUGGCACGACCAAGGCUUAAACGCCCUCCUUCUACCAAAUAUCUUCAACGAUUUAAUGAUUCAACAUGCAGGUGGAUGACGAUACGAACCCCAAUUUUUUUCUAUUAGGUUAGGUUAAGGGGGAUUGGGGCCGGCUGGCAUUUGUUUAUCACAAUCUGCAUAUAGCGACGGUGUUUUUACGGCCGGGGCAAACUUCAACAAGUUUGGCGUUUUUUUUGUUACACAGGCUGGAUUUUUGAUCUCAACGAUCUGUUUUCGGUCUAGGGCAUGGGGAGAUAAAAAGCGCGUUCUAUUUUUAUUAUUUUAUUUUUCCUUUGAUUGAACAAUCACCCCUUUUUAUGUAAAUUUGAAAUUACUUCUUUUUCCUUGUUUGUUUUGCCAUGGUACGUACUCUCGGUCAGGGCAUUUGGGUUGUGCGUGCGGAUACAUUACUACAUUACUACUGGGUUUGGGGCCUUCAACGGCGCUAACAUUGAUGGCAUAAGAUGGUCGCUGGGCAUUUGAGGCGUAUUCUUUUAUACGUUGGGUGAUGGAUGCUGUUCAACAUUUGGGAGUGGUAUUUGGUGGUAUUUGGGGAUGAGUGAAUAGAAGAAUUACCUUUUUUUUUGUGCUUGUAGGUGAAUGUGGGUUUUGAUUUUCGUGAUGGGUGAAUGCGAUGCUUGCGGUGGUGGAUAUGAUGGUGGUUUUUUGAGACUUUUGAAGAUUUUGAAAAUUUCCAAUUUUGUUUUCGGACAGUUUUAAUAGGGCUCUCUUAUGAGUUUAAAAAGUAAAAUAUAUGUCCUUUGGAAU